AUGGCGGAGGAACCAUCGAGAGAUAGUCCAGUGUUACCAUUUAAAACUCGUAAACUUUCCAGACCGAAACUUAAAAUCCCACAGAUAAACAUUUCAAAUAUUUCCAAUAAUAUACCACAGAUGAAUCGUUUGAGGCAUCCAGAUUUAUCAAUGCCUGGAGGAUGUGCCAUACCAAUAGGAAACACAAAUGGUCCAUUUGGAAUAUUUCAAUUUCAUCCGACGAAAGCAAGCGAGUACAUGAAUAAAAGAUAUGAAAAUUUUAAAGACUUUACUAAAAGCACAGCAAAAUCCGGUUUAAGUUUUGGAGAGAAAACACUUUUUUGGAUUAACGGAAGAGUACGACAAUUAUCAAAAAGAUGGUUCACCCACAUAUUUUUAUUUCUCGUCGUACUCUUAUAUAGUUUUUUGGGUUCGUUACUUUUCGUUACGGUCGAGGGUACUCACGAGGAUAAAGAAAAAGCGGAUAUAAAUAAAGAAUUAAAUUUAUUUAUAUUUAACAUGAGAAGGUUGGCAAUGGAUAAAAAUGUCGUUUUCGAUGGUAAACUAUGGGAGAAAAACGUUAAGGAAUUGAUAGCACCCUACGAGACUCAACUUUUGGAAAGUUACAGUCAUGGCGUCACACCGGAUCAACAUAAAACGUGGUCAUUUUGGAAUUCUAUGUUUUACUGUGGUACAAUAUACACAACAAUAGGUGAGUUGUUUGUUUGUUUGUUUGUUUUUUAA